AUGUCUCUUGUCAAAGGUCUAGCAUGCGGCACCUCGAACCUUCCGCAACCCGUGGAGACAAAGGUUGCGAGUAAGGAUUUGGAAGGCGAUGACAAUUGGAAAGCUUUGCUCACAGCAACGGAGAGAAGGGCCCCAGAGCCGGGAGUCCCAGUAGCGGUGAGUCCCAUGGCCAAGACACAGCCAGGGGUUGAACCCUUGGAAGCCCUGCAAGCUUCACCCUCGCAAGAGACCGAAGCAUAUGGCCUUUUGGAUGAGUAUGUGGAUGAUUUGCUUGGAAUUCCGCAGAAAGAUCGCCCAGUGUCGUGGAGCCGCCCUUCUUGGCAAGAAACAGCAGCAUCGAUGCCGAAAAUGGUGCUGGAGGACGGUUCCCGAGGCCCAGCACUGGGGUCUCUUCCGCCAAAACAGAGGUUGCAGGACCCAGAUCUGGCGUCAAGCUCGAGGGAACCUUUGCAGCCUGCCACGCCAUACUUGGCUGGAGUAUUGAAUGGUUGGGCCGUGAUUGACCGGAGCACGGUCGACACAAGAUCUGCCAGGGAUACUGGCCCUGCACCCAAGCGGCGUGUUGACAAAACGUCGAGCCUCAAGCCUGAUGAACGAAGGGAAGCGCAGAGAUGCUAG